GUCUCACGUCCACCACGUAACCAUCUGCAGCACGUAUUUCUACUCGCUGGAGGGAGAACUACAACUAAGAACCUCGUCGAGGCUGCCACUCUUUCAGUCGCAACAGAACCGCGAUAGAAUGGCUCGUUAUCUGCGCCCUCCCAACACGUCUCUCUUUGUGAGAAAUAUUGCCGACGAGUCCAGGCCAGAGGAUUUACGACGCGAGUUUGGUCGUUAUGGACCUAUUGUAGAUGUCUACAUUCCACUUGACUUCUAUACACGACGGCCCAGAGGAUUUGCAUACAUUCAAUUCGAAGAUGUCCGGGAUGCAGAGGAUGCACUUCACAACCUGGACCACAAAUGGGUCUGCGGUCGCCAGAUCGAGAUUCAGUUCGCACAGGGAGAUCGUAAAACUCCAAACCAGAUGAAAACCAAGGAGCGGCACUCACCACGGAGCUUCUCACGUUAUGAUGACGACAGGGACAGCCGCCGUCGCCGUUCCAGGAGCCGCAGCUAUGAUCGCCGCCGAUCCAGGAGCCCGUCCUAUGAACGUCGACCUCGUCGAUCUGAAGGCUCUCGUCCGUACAGCAGGCACAGACGAAGCAGGAGCCACGAAAAUGAGAAUCGGUACCGAGGUCCACCACGUGACCAGCCGAGGACCCACCACGAGCAGGCAUCCCGCAGCCGCUCACAGUCCCACUCCCCAUCCCCCUCAAGGUCCAAGCCCAGAGCUAAAAAGCACCAGUCCAAGUCCCAGAGCCCAGCUGAAGAGUUCCAGCCCACCUCCAGCUACCAUAAAGAGGCCGCCGGCCGCUCCCCAUCCCGCUCCUACUCCAGAUCCAUGUCUCGGUCCCGCUCUCGCUCCAGGUCCUGGGCUGGACGCCACUAGCCUGAUGUUUGAGAGAAUGUUUUGUUCCACUUAGCAGGUUUAUUACUAGCAGUGCUCGGGGUCUGAGUUGUUUUACGUUUUUAUAAAAGGGACGUGAGCUGUGUGUCAGAUCCAUUGUUUUCUCUUUUGUAGAUGGAUUGUGGACAGAAGACUUUAGGCUUUUCUUGUUUGAUGCAAGCAGUUGUCAAGGUGAAUAUUUUUGGAUGGGUUUACGGAAAGUGUCAUUGUCAAUAUUUUUGUACUUUGAGUUGGUCUUGUUUGCAUUUAUACAGUUGUCCCAUUUACAAACGGUAAUAAAGUCUGGCAUCCA